UUUUCGUACUCCCAUUUCCUGCUAUGUUGCUCGCUCCAGAUUAGGGUUCUUUAACUUCAAUUCAUCUUUUCUUUGUCUUUAUUGAUUUCCCCUUUUCUUCUCUUUCAUAUGUAGUCGUUGAAUCAAGAAACCCUGCUCUGAUUUGAUUCCUGAAAGACCCAUGUACAUAGCUUAGGUAUCAGUAAAUCCCUCGUCUUGUCUUUGUCUGAGAGGCUAGUUUGUAGUAUUUGAUGCUUUUGGAUGAUGUCGGAAGCUAAUAUUAGCAAUCAGCGUCAUCAUCAAGCCCCGACGUACGAGCCUGCAAAUUUACAGCACCACCAGCAGCAACAAGGAAUUGCUAUCAAUAAUAAUGAUGACGAGGGUAAUCAACAUCAUAUGGUUGAAGAUGUAGUAGUAGAGGAAGACGAUGACGUUGCCGGAGGGGAAGAAGAGUCUAUAGACAACCCUAGCCAGAUCCGUUACGAUCACCACAACCCCCAUCAUCAACACCAUGAUUUACGGAACGGCGUUGCCCUCGAAGGCGGCAUGGAGGAAAUGAGUGCUCCGCCGCAUGCUUUAUAUGUGCAGGACUCUGAAAUUCAGCCGCUUGCGGUGGGCGGUGGAGGCGCUGAUCAGCUUACCCUCUCAUUUCAGGGUGAAGUUUACGUGUUUGAUGCUGUUUCACCUGAAAAGGUGCAAGCUGUGUUGUUACUCUUGGGUGGAUAUGAAGUACCCACCGGUGUCCCUUCUUUAGGAAUGCCUCCCCAAAAUCAAAGGGAUUUGGCCGAAUUUCCUACAAGGUCAAGUCAACCUCAAAGGGCAGCCUCCUUGAGUCGGUUCAGGGAGAAGAGAAAAGAAAGAUGCUUUGAUAAGAAAAUACGAUACAGUGUGCGGAAGGAAGUUGCUCUGAGAAUGCAGCGUAAAAAAGGUCAGUUUACGUCAUCCAAGGCAAUUUCUGAUGAAGCGGGUUCAGCUUCUUCUGAUUGGAAUGGUGGUCCCAGCCAGGACGAAGAAACAACAUGUAGGCACUGUGGUAUCAGCUCGAAGUCCACUCCAAUGAUGCGCCGUGGACCUGCUGGCCCAAGAACUUUGUGCAACGCAUGCGGGCUCAAAUGGGCCAACAAGGGAGUUCUACGAGACCUCACCAAGGUUUCAGCAUCAGGAACUCAGGACCCUGCUGGAAAGCCCAUUGAGCAGAGUGAUGGUGAAGCAAACAACUUGGAUGCCAUAAAUGCAAAUGCUGUUAUGGUGGUCUCUAAUGGAGACACCUCGGCUGUGACUGCUGAAAGGUGAGCUAAGAGUUUCGAAAACCCCCCUGAUAUUGAAGUUAAAAAGAUGUAAAAUAAAGAGAAAAUGUUUUCGGUUUAAAAAACUUGGUGGUUACAGAGACUUGUAGACGGGUUGUCACAUUAAUGACAGCCACAGGUAUAUAAGACUGUAUGAUAGCGAUGGUAGUUGUAGGUCGGACCGAGGAAUGUAUGGAGUUUAUUUGUAUCUCUGAUAGUUGAUCUCAUUGAACACUGAAUGCAUUUGAGUCUGUUGGUAUUAUGUUCAUGGGCUUCUU